AUGAACCCUCGCCACGAGCCCUCUACUUAUUUUCCAAAUCGCCCCAUACAUUACGCAAGCCAAGUCAGCCACUAUGAGACCGCUCUCGCAGCGCUUCGAAACACCCAAGUGCUAGCAACUAGUUUGAUAGCUUUCGCUUCGUUCUAUUUAGUUCUCGAUUACUUCGGAUUCGCCCCGAUAUCGAUCCUCCGACUUUCCUGGAAGGGCCUGGUUUACAUCACUCCGUCCAAACUCAUUGUCGCAUUAGACCCUGGCAAGCCCGACUCCGAAUCAAAUCCCCCCUUGGGGUCUUCUCUGUCAUCCUUUGAGAAGAAGAACGCCGCAAUGCAACGAGUCUUCGGCAUAGAUACCUCCCAUUUCGCUUUCUCACUACGCCGCCACUCCUUGACCGGCCUCGGCAACGCUCUGCUCGGAAAUGCGAAGGAGGCCAAGCCCCCGGGGCUCGGAAACUGGGACAACUCAUGCUACCAAAAUAGCAUUAUUCAGAGCCUGGCAUCACUGCGUUUACUUGAGGCUUUUCUUAUGCGCAAUGUCGAAACGCUCUCGGACAAGACCCAUCUUUCGAAACACGAGGCGCUGAGAGAUAUCAUCACAUGUUUAAAUAACCCUUCGAAUGGUGGAACAAAGCUUUGGAUCCCCGGAGAUCUCAAGUCUAUGAGCAGUUGGCAACAACAGGAUGCGCAAGAGUACUUCUCCAAGCUGGUGGAUCAAAUCGAUUUGGAGGUUCAGCUUGGUUCACAGGGAGCGACAUCGAACAUGGGACUGAAGAUCACAGGACGGGAGGAAAAUAUCGUAUGCGACACCAAUUUCGAAAUGUCUGCUUCGGAGGGAUUCGACUCUGGAGCUCGCGCAAGUAACAAGGCAUCAUAUCGGAAUCCUCUUGAGGGCCUACUUGCUCAACGGGUCGGGUGCAUGGAAUGCGGAUGGACAGAAGGCCUUUCUUUAAUUCCUUUUAACUGUCUCACAGUUCCUCUGGGGCCAAGAUCUGAAUACGACCUGGCGGAUUGUCUGGAUCAAUACAUGACGCUUGAGCCCAUCGAUGGGGUUGAAUGCGCGAAGUGCACAUUGAUGCAAUAUCACCAGAAACUUUCCGAAAUGUUUGCUGGAAUUGAAGAGGACGAGAAGCAAUCGCCUGGUAUCGAGAAGUCUCAGUUUGCCGAUGCACUGAAAGCCGAUACUCUGUCGCGCCUUGAGGCUGUGAAAGCAGCGCUGGAGGGUAAUGAUAUCAGCGAUACCACAUUAAAAGAUUGCCGUAUCCCCGCGAAGAACCGAGUUUCUACGACUAAAUCCCGGCAGGCGGUCAUUGCUCGAUCCCCUCAAUGCCUUGCUGUUCACAUCAACCGCAGUCUCUUUGACGAAAACACUGGAAUGUUGACAAAGAACCACGCUGCUGUGAGAUUCCCGCAACUAAUUGACCUGAACGACUGGUGCCUUGGCACGCAGAAUCAGUCUGAUGAGGCCCCCGAGCAAUGGGAAAGCAACCCUUCGAAGUCAAUGCUUCCCCAACCCGGCGAAGCUAUUCAAGUCCCCAGCCGACGGUACAUACUUCGAUCCAUUGUCACACAUUAUGGCCGCCACGAGAACGGACACUAUAUCUGCUACCGUAAAUAUGCAACCUCGGAUUUCUCAGCUCCCGUCCCGGACCACAUUCUCCAAUCUGAUGGCGACGAGGAAAAGUCCGAGCGUUGGUACCAGCUAAGUGACGGCGAUGUGACAAUGGUCAGCGAAGGUCAUGUCAUGUCGCAAGGAGGUGCCUUCAUGCUCUUCUACGAAGCGCUGGAUGAUUCCCUUGAAAUCCAACUUCCUCCGACUCCCACCACAGAAGGAGUCCCGUUCGAGAAUGUUGAAUCUGUUCAAAUCGAGAAUGCUGAAUCAAUUUCGAACUACACCAUGUCCGAAGACCUCUCCGCUCCAUCCACCGUCACCGACUUCGGAUCAUGCACCUCUCGUGCGACAAGCGUCUCACUCCCAACGGAAGAUGUGACGUUUAAUGACAUUCCUUUAAAGCCUUCAGCCGACGAUACCCCCACAGAAGAACUUGAUUCGCUUUCGAUGAUUACUGCAUGA